CUCUUUAUAUAUAUAUAUAUAUAUAUAUGUAUAUAUAUAUAUACACACAUUCACAUACACAUUCACAUACAACUUUUACCCACUCACUUACUCCAUCUCUCGCUACUUUACUGUGCUGUGCUGUUAUUAUUUGUCGCUUGGGAGCAUAAGCAUCGUAUAAACAUACACACAUUACACAUCAAUCCCAAAAAGAAAAAGAAAAAGAAAAGAAUCCCCUCCCUCCCCACAAUCCCCCCUUUUUUCUCGCCCUCCACCCCUUUUUCUUCUUCUUCUUCUUUUAUAUAUAUAUAUAUAUAUAUAUAAAGUUCUCCACAUUUCCCUUUUAACAACUGCGUUUGCACAAUGGCCGAUGAAUUUGAUAUAUAUGGUGAUGAUACAUUUGGACAGCCAGAUGAUAUUCUUGAUGAGAUUGUGAAUGAGUCAGCACGCGAUACCAAACGACGACGUACAACACCAGCCUAUGCAGAUGAUGACUUGUUUGAUGAUCUUGGUGACAUUGUAAAAGAUGUCAAGCCAACGUGUUCCAAACCUCAAAAGUCUACUUCAGCUCACCACUCCAAAAAUACUACUAAAAAAGAAGAAUCGAAUUAUUCAUCAUCAGGAGACGACUUGGAACGACAACACCACAACCAGAAACACCAUCAACAACAACAGCAACAGCAGCAGCAACAGCAGCAGCAGCAACAACAUGACAUGACACCUCAAAAGAUUCGGUCUAGUGUACCUGGUUAUAGUACUCAACGCAAUACUACAGAACCCACUCGACGUGGUGAUCCACCAGCAGCAUUAAAUUCACUCCGUGGUUUAACUAUGCAACCUACAAAUGGAUUGUAUAUUGGUGAUCUAGCAUGGUACACAACAGACGAAAACAUAAAGGCUCCUCUCUUGCAGGCUGGUCUGGGCGGAGAACUCAAGGACCUCACUUUCUUUGAACACAAAGUCAAUGGCAAAUCCAAAGGCAUUGUGUUUUUAGAAUUCACUAACCCUGAAAGUGCUUCCCGUGCCAAAUCAGUUCUCGACAAUGCUGAAUUUAAUGGAAAACGCGCAGUAACAUGCUUUACUACUGUUCCAAAUCCAUUCAAGCAUCUUCCAAAAGAGCCAAUCAAGAACACACGAACACAACCCGUUAACCGAACCAAUAACAACAGUCCUUCCACAAACCCUGCUAACCCCUUACCUACUCAUCAUCAUCAUGGUGUGACAGGAUUUGGAGGUGGAAACUUUGGAUUUAAUACCGGAUUUGGAAGUACGCCAAUGGGUAUUCCACCCUACGCCUACAAUCCAAUGGUGGCCAACUAUAUGGCAAACCCCGGAGGAUUCCCGGGCGGUAACCGUGGUCGGGGAGGAAUGCAACAGCAGCAGCAAGUACAGCAGCAGCAACAGCAGCAGCAACAAGUUCGAGGAAAUCAGCCGUCAAACAAUAAUUUCAUGAGCCGCAUGGGCCGAGGUGUAGGCUUAGGCGUAGGAGUAGGCGUGGGAGUAGGAGGAAUGAAUGGAGGAUUAAAUGGUGUAGGUGGUGCCGGAGGAGGCGGCGGCGGAUAUAUGAACGAUGCAGCUGGAUUCCAUGGUGGAGGCAUGUACAUCAACCCGGCAUUCUUUGAUCAACAGCAACAGCAAGGAGGAGGAGGCUACUGAAAACAAAGCCUUGGAGAAACAAAGAUUAUACACACACAGACAGCCUUAUAUAUAUAUAUAUAUAUAUAUAUAUAUAAAAGCAUAUAUAAUACUAUAUAUUCAUACACAUGUGUAUGUAACCAUUCUCUCGCUGUUUC